AUGACACGUGGCCUAGUUUAUAAUAAACCACAUGUUAAAGCAUUACGUGGCGCUAUAGAAAAAGGCGAAGUCACAUCUCUUCUCGUGAUCGUGUUCGUUCGGGUCUGUCCAUUUCAUCCUGGGUUCUUCUGUGCUUCUCCUGUCGGUCUCACUCAAAUAUCAAUCACAUACUCGCCUUCACCAAAAAUCUCUUCCAAAAUUCACACUUUCCCGUUCCCAAACCCAACCCUCUUCAUGGCUUCCCUCAACCUUCUUCCGCACCCUCCACCCUUAUCUUUUUCCUCUCCUUCCCUUCACAGGCCCCGCUGCAACACCCUUCUUCUCGCCCCAAAACCUUCUCAACGCAGGCCUUCGUUUCUUGUCAAAUCUGCUGUGGAUGUGACUGAACCUGCUCCAUCUUCUUCCGGCUACGCUGGGGACACUUCUGAUUCCAUCUCCUUUCUGAAGUUCAAUCUGCUGAGUGCUGUUUCUGGGCUGAAUAGAGGUCUUGCUGCGAAUGAAGAUGAUCUGCGAAAGGCUGAUGAUGCGGCUAAGGAACUUGAGGCUGCUGGGGGACUUGUGGAUCUCUCGGUUGGUAUUGAUAAAUUGCAAGGAAGAUGGAAACUCAUAUAUAGUAGUGCAUUUUCAUCUCGAACUCUUGGUGGUAGUCGUCCUGGACCUCCCAUAGGAAGACUCCUUCCCAUAACUCUUGGACAGGUUUUUCAACGAAUUGACAUCUUAAGCAAGGAUUUUGAUAAUAUAGUGGAGCUUCAGUUGGGUGCUCCAUGGCCACUACCACCCCUUGAAGUAACAGCCACAUUAGCUCACAAAUUUGAACUUAUAGGAUCUUCAAAGAUAAAGAUAAAAUUUGAGAAAACCACUGUGAAGACAACUGGGAAUUUAGCACAGUUGCCACCAUUAGAUGUGCCGCGUAUUCCGGAUGCUUUGAGGCCUCCUUCCAAUACAGGAAGUGGUGAAUUUGAAGUUACGUAUCUUGAUUCAGAUACCCGCAUCACAAGAGGAGAUAGAGACGAGCUGAGGGUCUUCGUGAUUUCUUGA